AUGGCGCCAGACAUCCAUAUGACAGACCUUGAGCAGCGGCGAAUUCUCCAACAGAGGACGCUGCAUGGUCACCGGUGUCGGAUGACCUUCUACGAUGCCUACCUGGAUGUGCUUGACAAAGCCAAGCAAGAUGCAAACUACUGGGCGGCAACGGUGCACGGCAAAGAGCUGCGGCUUGUGAAAGUUUCCUGUGGCUUCUUCAGAGAGGAGAUCCCCAUGUUUGAGCGCUUCCGCUACCGAAUGCUGUGGCUGGUCGAGUGGAGUGUUUUCGAGAACUUUGUCAUCAUCCUGAUUAUCUGCAAUGCCUUGGUCAUGGCACAUCCCGUUGCCUACGACGAGGCAAGUCAGCCCCGAGGUGUACAGAACACGUACUUUGUGUUUGAGACCCUGGUUUCGGCUGUUUUCACCAUCGAGUGCACAUGCCGGAUAAUUGCCCAGGGACUUUUCUUCGGCGAUGCGCCGAACCCGUGCUACUUGAAAGAGCCCUCCAACUGGAUAGACAUGAUGGUGGUCAUUUUUACUUUUGUGGAGCCCUUCGCUGCAGAAGUGAUUUCUGAACAAGACUUGAGGACGAUGAGAGUCCUCCGUAUUUUCCGAGUCUUCCGAGUCAUUAGAGGGAUGACCUUCUUGCCACGCUUGAGGACCAUAGUACAAGCCCUUUCAAAGAGCUUGUACCGCCUCUGGAUCUCGUCCCUUGCGAUUACCUUCACCCUGAUCGUGGUUAGCAUGGCUGGGACAGAUCUCUUCGGUGAUGUCUAUUGGAGGCGCUGCCGCCUUUCCGAAGAGCCCUACCUUGUGAACGGCACCUUGGUCUGGCCUCUGGACCCUUCUCAGCCGCGCUUCUGCGGUGGCCGAUAUGAGUGUGUACCAACAACAUCCGGUGCUCCGACCUACUGUAGGUCUCCAGUGAGUACGGACACGGGGCCACUUCCCGGCUACAAUCCAUGGCCGGAGCUCUUCGAGAAUCCCCUGGCUGACUAUGGCUUCACGGGGUACCAGACCUUGUGGAGUGGCUUGCUGACGACCUUCCAGGUCGUGAACAUCGACGGCUGGGUCAGCCUGAUGCACCGCUUCGAGGAUGCCAAGUGGCCCGGCCUGACCAUUCCUUUCUUCAUCCUGUUGAUGCUCUUUGGGGGCCUGAUCCUGAUGAACUUGGUCUUGGCGAUACUUUGGCAUUCCUUUGACACGACGGUGCAAGAGGACCGAUCUGAGCUGGGAGACAGCAAGUUGAAGAUGGAGGCCAAGCGCAUGAAUCCAAAGCCGGUGAUCACACCAGACAUCCAGCAGAUGCCACUGCAUGCCCUUGUAAGUUCCGUCCAGAAGUUGGAGGUCGAACUGGCAGCGGCCCAGGCUUUUCAAGUGCUGGAUACGGAGCUGCGGUCGAUGGGGCUCAAGAACAUUUGCUACAGCAUGAUCACCAGCCCAUGGUUCUCACGAGUGAUGAAUUUCAUCAUCCUCUUCAAUGCGGUGUGCAUGUGCUUUGACAUCUAUCCCCCUUAUGACGACACGGUGCUCCUAAUCCUCGACAACAUCAACUUCUUGUGUUCUGUCAUCUUCUUCUUCGAGGUGUGCAUCAAGAUCAUGGGAGUGGGUGUGUCCUUCUUCGAAGACAACGGAAACAGGUUUGAUUUUCUCCUGGUCAUGUUGUCUGUGGUCGAGCUCUUUCUGAGCGGAGGGUCUGCACUGUCUGCCCUGAGAACGGCAAGGCUCUUGCGAAUCUUCCGAAUGAUCCACAUGAGCAUGAACUUCCGAAUCCUCCUGAUGGUCUUUCAGAAGGCAGUGACACCCACGCUCUACUUCUCCAUGAUCGUCAUUCUGUUUCUGUACUGCUCUUGCUUAGCGGGCCUUCAGAUCUUCAACAAGGAUGACGUUGAGAGCGGCAAGCUCGGCCUGGGUUUCGAGUCCUUGGCCAUGGGCUUCCUGACAUCUCUCGCAAUCUUCUCCGGAGACGGCUGGCUCGACAUCACCACCAACCAGAUCCACGGCAAGGACAAUCAACUCUUCGGAUUUUUUUACUUCUUGCUCACCUUCGCGCUCGGGAAGGCCGUGUUGAAGAAUUUGCUGCUGGGCAUCAUUGCCGCCGAGUUCACGGUGGCACGAGACAUCAUGAAACAGGAUUUUCGGCUUAGAAUGGCCAUUGCCAGAGCAAAGCUCGAGAAGUUGCGCCUGACCGACGCCGCCCUGGGAUCCACGCCAGGCCGAGACAAGGAGGAAGCCGAGGACGACGCGGAAGCCGCGCCGGAGUCCCCGCGCUGGCCACAGCAAGCCUUCAGCCGUCUCGAGGGCACAGCGGAGAAGACCUGUGCCAGGAACAUGGACGUUAUCAAGAUGAUCCAUGUGAAGGGCCAGGCAGCGAAGCGGCUCCAGGAGAUCGGGAAGAUCCACGCCAUGGGCAAGAGCAAGUAUUCUUGGCCGAAGCCUCCAGACCCUGCUGCAAUGUCAGUGCCAGUCCCAAAUGCUGCAGGCCAAAGGGCGAAAGGCGAUGUUUCUCAGCUCAGUGGAGAUGCAAACGGCCAGCGGCACAGGGAUGCCAUGCACGGCGCAGCACCGCCGGAACAGGCUUUGCCGCUGGAGGUUCGCCUGCAGCGUGAAGCCCUGCAUGGGGCGGCACCGCCGGAAGAGCAGGAGGCGGAGGGUGCAGACGCCGACGAGCCAGGCGUUGAGCAACUUAAGCCGACAUACAAAGCGGACAUCGGAUGCCUGUCAGGAUUCGUUUGCGUUCAGAUCGGCUUUGCGAGCGAGCAGCUCCUCAUCAGCGCCGAACGCACGCGCCAAGGACUGACCGGGCGAGUCCCGUGUGCUCAAGCGACCGCCCACCAGGCCUGUGAAGCUAACAGGUCCUUCGCGGCCCUUCACCUGCCGCCCGGCACCGGACUCACCACGCAUUGCCAUGCCGCUGCCUUGAUGUUCCUUGCGAGCGAAGCUCAGAUCUGGACCCAACUCUCCGACAUCUCGGACACCCGAAAGGAAAGCUUCAUAGAGAGCUACCGGAGGGCUCGCGGAGCGGCGAGAGCAUCUGCUCCGCCGCGUGUCUGGACUGGAGACGGCACGGGCCUGCAGCCGGAUGCCGAAGCACCACUGCGAAGGAUGAAGUGUCGUGAGAAUGCAGAGCAUCAGAUGAUGCCUCCGCAGCGCAAGGAGGUCACUUUGGAAGAGACGCCACAAGUCAUCGGGGACAUCGUCCUGCUGUCGCAGCUCGAGGACUUGCCAGAAGACGAGCCUGUCGUGCAUCAGGAGGACAAGCAGAGCAAACCCAGGGAUGGCGCACCUCUGCCUGAUGAGAAGCCAUCGAUCACGGAGCUGCUUCGAGGCUGUGCACGCAGCAUCAUGCGCUCGCCUGGCUUCGAGCCUAUUGUGAUGUUCGUGAUCGUUCUCUCCUCCAUCUCGCUGUCCUUUGAGAGCCCCUUCUCCGAUCCGAACUCGGAGGUGGCAUUCCUGCAGAUGGUCAUCGAUCGGUUGGCUGUGAUGGUCAUGCUCCUGGAGAUGUUCGUUCGGAUGAUGGUUAUGGGUCUGUGGAAGCCCCCGAGUGAGUGUGGGCCGGGGGAGUCGCCCGGCUUCUUUCGCGUGCCUUGGCACGUUCUGGACUUCGUGAUCUGCCUGGGUGGAUUGACGUACUUGAUGGCGGAAUUCUUCACCACGAACCUGGCGGAGCUGAAGUCUGUCCGAGCCCUAAAGAUGGUGUCAAUGCUGCGGCCACUGCGGUUGAUUGGAAAGACCAGCUCAGUGCGGUUGAUCAUCGAGUCGCUUCUUGCAGCGAUUCCAACGCUCGUCAACAUGACAAUGGUGAGCGCUCUCUUCUACCUCGGGUUCGGUCUGCUCUUCGUGGGAUUCUUCAAGGGUGCUCUGUAUCAUUGUUCGCUUGAUCCUCAAGGAGAUCUCAUGCCAGAGAUCGUGACACAAAAAGAUUGCUUGAAAGCAGGCGGAGAAUGGAUCAACAGCGUGUCCCAUUUCGAUGCGGUGACAUAUUCCUUGGUCACGUUGCUGCACAUUGGUUCGGGGGAGGGCUGGAUCGACGUGUGUGGCUUUGCAGCCGUGGACUCAGUGGGUGCCGGAUGGUGUCGGCGGAGCGGAGCUGCGGGUGUGCUGAGGCCGAGGCCGAAGACCAGGGUGGAGCAGGCGAUCCCUGUUGUGAUCUUCAUGGCUCCUUCGCAGCAACUGGGGUUCUGCAAAACACGCUCCUGCAAAUUUCUGAACUACCCAGACUCCCAGACCAAGGCUUUGACGAACUUCUUCCUGUUGUCACCCGGUCGCGCGUUGAAGAUUGAACAUGCUUUUGCUCCCCCUUUCGCCAUGAGAUGCAUGGUUGUUUUGUUAAGCCAGGAAUCUGCUGACCGGAAUAUUGGUGGACUCGUGCGACUUCUGCUGUCUUCCCUGCUUGCUUUCGCGAAGUACACCAGUACCAAAGCGGAAUUCUCGGGGCAGAGCAACAACACCUCAGAGGAGAGGUUGAUCAAGAAGCUGCAGAGGGAAGUCCUGCUCAAUCCGGAAGUCCUUCUCCCACCGCCGCGAAUCGAUGUCCGAGGCAAGUGCUGCCUCGCAACACGAAAGCGGCUGAAGUGGUUCAUCGAGCACCGGAUCUCGCGAAGCAUCAUCUUCGUGGGCAUCCUGAGCAAUGCAAUCGUGCUGGGCAUCUCCCCGGUCAUCUUCCCCGAGCUGCUGGAGUUCCGGAGGAUCGUGAGUGGACUCUUGCUGGGGCUCUUCUCACUCGAGCUUGCGAUCAAGAUCUUCGUGUACAGCCGGGACUUUUUCAAGGACAAAUGGCAUGCUUAUGACAGCUUUGCCAUCACCGGGUCCUUGAUCGGUGCAUUGGUUAAUGCCCUCGUCGCCGAAAAGGGGGUCAUGACGCAAAUCCUGGGUGGCUUCCAAAUCCUGCGGAUUCUCAUGCUGGUUCGCUAUGCCUGGUUCAUGGACAGCAUCACCAGUACGAUUUGGGUGGCUUUGCCUGGACUCUUCCAGGUCUCUGCGCUCCUGACGCUGCUCAUGUUCAUGUAUGCGUGCCUUGGCGUGUCGCUCUUCGGUACUAUCAUGGGCACAGACGAGGCUGCACAAUCGGCCAUCGACGGCAGCUACCCCUUGUCCGAUUCCAACUUCUAUAGCUUCAACAACGCUUUUCUACUGAUGAUCCGAUGUGCGACAGGGGAGAGGUGGCACGACAUCAUGUAUGAUCUGGCCGAAGACAAGCCAAACUGCACCACGACGGCACAGACUUACGAGGACCUGCAGCAGAACGGGCCUCGUGGAUGCGGCAGCAUGUUUGCGUAUCCUUAUUUCGUGAGCUAUGUCCUGAUCGUCCUCUUCAACAUGAUGAACUUGAUCAUCGCGACGGUGCUGGAUGCGUACGGACAGGUGCACGAGCUCAUUGAACUCGAGGAUUUUAUGGUUUGUCUGCGUGCGCUGCGGGACUCCUGGGUAGAUAUCGACAGAAACUUCUUGGGCUACCUUCACGUUGCGGAAGUCGAGAACAUCCUGCUCAGUAUCCCUCAGCCGGUGGGCUUCAUCGGCCUCAAGAAGCGACAGCUGCUCCGAUCCCUGAUGAACCUCCAAGUGCACGAGGGAAGCAUGCUGGCCUAUCGGGAUGUCGUGAAGUUGGUGGCGCAGCGCUCGGUGCUGUUUCUCAGCGGGGAGCUUCUGCUCCAUCCUCAAGAGGCGGAGCUCGAUGAACAGGCUCUUCACACUUGGAAUGCCGCCUUUCCGGACCGAGCUGCCCCCCGAGCCGCCCUCAGACGCCAUCCUUAUCGCGCACAUCGUCAUCGCCAGGCGAACCGCCAUUUACAUCCGCAAGAAGCGUUGGGAGUGGAAGCAACGCAGCUGGACUGCCUGCCAGUUUUCCGGAACCGCGCCGUGGAUUCCAUGAAUCUGAUAGGCAAGGAUGAGGCUUGGGAGGAGGCUAUGUACAACGUGGACGUCGACAUAGACACGGCCCUUGCGGGCGUUUGGGAGCAAAGCGAUGAUCCCGGUCCACCAACCUCCAUUUUCGUGAGCCAGUUGGCGCCCGAGGAGACAACCCAGAUGCAGCGCUCGCGCAAGCUGCCCCAGCUGUCUCCGUUGCGGGGCGGCCCAGAGUGCCCAGAGAGGUGGCCUCCACAGGAGCUGGAGAAGUACCAACCCGAGGAAGAGCCCGUCUUCACGAAUGCAGAGAGCUCUAUGUGGGCCAAAGUGGCUGACCUUGCGCAGGGGAAGGACUCCAAGCCUGGGUGGAAGGAGUGA